UCCCUGGGAUGUAAAAUGUGGGUAAUGUUAGAGUUGGUGUGAAUAUUAAACGUAAAUAAUGUAUGUGACAUACUUAGCUUUAUACCUGGCACCUAAAUAAACAAUAAGUUUGUUAGCUAUUAUUAUUAAAGACGUUGAUUUCUCUACUGAUAUCGUCAGAGAUGGGCCUCAUGCUCAUUAAAGUUCCUUCCUCUGCGACCUAUUUCCACUCUGGCCACAAUAAUAACUAAUUAUAGCAAAGGCCUGACCCGACUUUCGGCCGUUGGCCUCCUUCUCCACACCGAAAAAUUCAAAUCAUGACCCAUGGUCCAUCCUAGAAGUGUGCCAUCUGUAUUUAUGAAUGGAGCCUAAGCAAAUCUGAAAACCAAGCACCCCAGGCAGCUGAGCCUCGCUUAGCAACCGACGCUGGGGCCUGUUGCUAAGGGAAAAGAAAGAAAGGACGUGGUCCGUCAGCUAUUGCUCUCCGGAGGCAGCUACUUCCGGUCCCCCGGACCCUGUCCUGAGGUCUACCUUCCCCCGAGGUACUGGGCCUGCGGCCGUAGGUUCCGCUGUCUCGGGAACCUUAGUAGCCCUCGUUCAGGCGGCGGCGGGGGCGGCAGUAGCGGCGGAGGUGGCUUCAGGCCUCCGGUGCGGCUGCAAUGCUGAGCUCACGGGCCGAGGCGGCGAUGACCGCGGCCGACAGGGCCAUCCAGCGCUUCCUGAGGACCGGGGCGGCCGUCAGAUAUAAAGUCAUGAAGAACUGGGGAGUUAUAGGUGGAAUUGCUGCUGCUCUUGCAGCAGGAAUAUAUGUUAUUUGGGGUCCCAUUACAGAAAGAAAGAAGCGUAGAAAAGGGCUCGUGCCUGGCCUUGUUAAUUUAGGGAACACCUGCUUCAUGAACUCCCUGCUUCAAGGCCUGUCUGCCUGUCCUGCUUUCAUCAGGUGGCUGGAAGAGUUCACCUCCCAGUACACCAGGGAUCAGAAGGAGCCCCCCUCACACCAGUAUUUAUCCUUAACACUGUUGCACCUUCUGAAAGCCUUGUCCUGCCAAGAAGUUACUGAUGAUGAGGUCUUAGAUGCAAGCUGCUUAUUGGAUGUCUUAAGAAUGUACAGAUGGCAGAUCUCAUCAUUUGAAGAACAGGAUGCUCACGAAUUAUUCCAUGUCAUUACCUCGUCAUUGGAAGAUGAGCGAGACCGCCAGCCUCGGGUCACACAUUUGUUUGAUGUGCAUUCCCUGGAGCAGCAGUCAGAAAUAACUCCCAAACAAAUUACCUGCCGCACAAGAGGGUCACCUCACCCCACAUCCAAUCACUGGAAGUCUCAACAUCCUUUUCAUGGAAGACUCACUAGUAAUAUGGUCUGCAAACACUGUGAACACCAGAGUCCUGUUCGAUUUGAUACCUUUGAUAGCCUUUCACUAAGUAUUCCAGCCGCCACAUGGGGUCACCCAUUGACCCUGGACCACUGCCUUCACCACUUCAUUUCAUCAGAAUCAGUGCGGGAUGUUGUGUGUGACAACUGUACAAAGAUUGAAGCCAAGGGAACGUUGAAUGGGGAAAAGGUGGAACACCAGAGGACCACUUUUGUUAAACAGUUAAAACUAGGGAAGCUCCCUCAGUGUCUGUGCAUCCACCUACAGCGGCUGAGCUGGUCCAGUCACGGCACGCCUCUGAAGCGGCACGAGCAUGUGCAGUUCAAUGAGUUCCUGAUGAUGGACAUUUACAAGUACCACCUCCUUGGACAUAAACCUAGUCAACACAACCCUAAACUGAACAAGAACCCAGGGCCUACACUGGAGCUGCAGGAUGGGCCGGGAGCCCCCACGCCAGUUCUGAAUCAGCCAGGGGCCCCCAAAACACAGAUUUUUAUGAAUGGCACCUGCUCCCCAUCUUUAUUACCAACGCUGUCCGCACCGAUGCCCUUCCCUCUCCCGGUUGUUCCCGACUACAGCUCCUCCACAUACCUCUUCCGGCUGAUGGCAGUUGUCGUCCACCAUGGAGACAUGCACUCUGGACACUUUGUCACUUACCGACGGUCCCCACCUUCGGCCAGGAACCCUCUCUCAACCAGCAACCAGUGGCUGUGGGUCUCCGAUGACACUGUCCGCAAGGCCAGCCUGCAGGAGGUCCUGUCCUCCAGCGCCUACCUGCUGUUCUAUGAGCGCGUCCUUUCCAGGAUGCAACACCAGAGCCAGGAGUACAAGUCUGAAGAAUGACUUCGCCCUCCUGCAAGGCUAGAGCUGAUGGCACUGUCUUCACACUGUCCGGGAAAAAAGUAAAACUGUACUGUUGUGUGUGCAAGCAGCCGCACUGGAGCCUUCCAGCUUUCCGGUGUGUUCUGAGAGCAGGCUCCACCUGGGAGCCAGCCCCAAUUCAUACCAAAUCAGGCUCCCUGAACAGCUCUGUUCAUGUGUGUAGAAGGUACUGUUGUAUUAAGAAAGCAUUCAUUAUGUCUGGAGUGUCUUUUUACUCAUCUGAUACAGGUCAUUAAAAGAAUGCAGAUUCUUGAAGCCACCGUUUUCAUAUUGUAAUGUUAGGUGUUCUCAGAGGGGAUGCACCUUUGUGUAAUCAGCGUUUCCACCCAGAUCUUUUAUUUUUAAUAAGCAGGCCCAUAAAAAUUGUUGACAAGAAUUAAUGAAAUUAUUAAAGGCAACAAUUUAGAAGAAAAAGUGCCUUUCACUUUCGAUUGCUUUUAUAUAGCACAUCCAUUCUGAAAUAUUCCUUCCAGGCUCCUCAAAGGAUAGCGAGAGAACAGGUGAAAGAUGCCUAAAGAACACUUUCCUUUUUCUAUGCCUUUUCUAAUCUUCCAGUUCUUUCUAUGGAGUAAAGGCUCAUCUGCCAAAUCUGCCCCCCUGGGGAAACUCUUUCACUACUUUGUCGGUUAUAAGUGAAAAGCUUACUUGUUGCUUUUAUCUUUUGUAUAUUGGACUGAGAUGUAAUUACACUGUAUUAUAAAACUCUGUGAAUAGCCAGACCUGAGCUAGAUCUUUGCAACACCUGAUUCCUCUGCCCUGUGGAAAACUCUUUCUUACACAAGGAUCCACUGUAAAUGGUUACUUUCGUCUGUUUAUUUAUUGCCCAUGCAGAGCUCUUAAGGUUUACAGGUAGGAACUUGGGACUGUAUAAAAAGACAAUCCCUGCCCUGAGUAGACAGCGGGCUUAGGAAGGAAGGGCUGACCAUGGGGCUGCAGUCUCUCUCAACCUCAGUUUCCUCAUUUGUGAAGAGUUAGAUUUGAUGACACCAAAGUUCAGCCCUUUUCACGAAAAGAAGAAAGCAGCUUUUGACUUUUUAAAAACAUAUAACUACAGGUGGCAUCUAGUAUUGUAUGUUGCUCUAGGUUCAUAUUCUGAAUUUAUUCAUUUCCAGUAGCCUAAUACAAAAAGUAUAUAUUGAGCACUUUCUUCCCUUUUUGGAUAAGUCUCUGAAUGCAGCCCAGGGCCAAAGGAAUUUUUAUGACACAGUAGUACCUGUUUUAAGCUAGAUUUUUAAUUUAAAAAAAUAGAUCCAAAUUCAAACCGACUCAUCAGAGGUAAGACUGGAAUCAGACCUAUCCAAAAGGUCAUCUGAGGUUAGGCUAAGACCUGUGCUUCCUCUGCUGGGGGCGAGCUGGUGGACACACCAAACGGUGCCUUGGCAGCAGCUCACCGUGCAGGAAGCCCAGAUGGUCACUCUUCUACUGGGCCCAGGCUGCACCCUAGGACUCAGUAACUCUCACUGUCCACAGAAUAUACUGUACAGGCUCUCCAGGCUCUGGGCGUUGGGGUGCAAGGGGCAGCUUGAACUGUACGGUCCGUCCUGCACUCACCCGAUGCAGACCUUGGCUUUGAUGUUGAAAUGAACACUUGUUUUACCCAAGUCUGGUGGAACAAAUGCCCAAAUCAUGUGACCUUAAAGUGUACUGCAAAGCUGUAGCUUUAAGUAAUUGCUGUUCUGCCACUGCUUACUUUUUGAAAUCUACCAUUAAAGAAAGAUGGAGAAAAGCGGCUGAGCCUUGGAACGUACGGCUAUAAGCAGAUCUCUCUUUGGUGAGAGGCCAGGGUUUGAGCCAAGGCUAUAAAUGUGAACAAUACCUGUGCAAAGCCUUUUAACCUGACUUCUUCAUUUUGUAAAUUAUUAUGCAUUAAGCAGCAGCCCAAUAAUCUGAUUUCUAGUUUUAAGUUAUUUUCAAAGUAAGUAGCUUCUCUUGGGGAAGAUCUAAGUUAAACUAGUGGUUUUGCCAUAAUAACUGCUGACUUAUGUAUUUGCUAAAGGUACUUUUGUAUCUGCUGUGUAUUAUAGCAAUAAAAUCAUCAUUUUGUUAGGAAAACA